GGAGUUAUCGUUGAAAUGCUGUGUACUUUAAUUCCUUUAUAUUUAGAUUCCUCCCUCAAGAGUUUCCGAAAUAAAUUUAUGUUUUUCAUAUCAGCUACCAUUUAUUUCAGAACAUUUUUUGUCCAUUCGAACGUGAUUUAUACAAAGGCUACAGAGGAUAUUAUUAAUGGAAAUAUCUUGCCUUGUGCCACGGAUGCUCUUCCACAACCAAACUACCCUCAUAUGCAACCAACAUUUACCCAUCCAACUCAAGCACCACCGCCUCCGCCAUCAUCAGUCGGUUGCGAAGUCGUUAAAGCAGUUUUUGAAAAGCAGCCGCCGUCCAAUUUACGAAAGAGCAACUUUUUUCAUUUCGUUUUGUCAUUAUACGACAAAAACAACAACCCUAUUGAAACCGAGAAAGGUUUAUUUAACGGUUUUAUAAAAGAACUAGAUGAAGAUGAAGGGGAUCCGAAAAAAAACGGAAUUCAGUAUCGGCUGAAAUUUACCUUUGCGAAUGGAUAUCAGGCUGAGCAAGAUAUAUACGUGAAAUUAAUCGACUCGCAAAGCGGAGAGAUAAUAAAGUAUGAAGGCCAAGACAAAAAUCCAGAGAUGUGUCGCGUUUUGUUGACGCAUGAGGUUAUGUGCAGUCGUUGUUGUGACAAAAAAUCAUGUGGCAAUCGAAACGAAACACCAUCUGAUUGUGUUGUGGUGGAAAGAUAUUUUGUAAAGUUUUUCAUGAAAUGCAAUCAGAAUUGUUUAAAAACAGCUGGAAAUCCGAGAGAUAUGAGGCGAUUUCAGAUCGCUAUAGCAACGACACCAGACAUGAAGGAUCCUAUCGCGAUCUCAACAAAUAUGUUUGUUCACAACAAUUCCAAGCAUGGUCGCCGCUCGUCAUCUAAAAUCAAACUGGAACCAAUGGAAGCUCCACCACUAGUGAAAGCUCUCAUUCCAUCGGAAGGAUGGACAAGCGGAGGAUCUCAAGUCAUCAUUAUCGGCGAGAAUUUUUUUGAAGGCUUACAAGUCAUAUUUGGUAACUGUCUUGUAUGGAGCGUCGAGGUGUUUUCUCAAACAGCACUUCGUGUGGUUGUCCCACCACAUCCGAUGCCAGGAAUGGUAGAGGUUGUCUUAGCGUUUAAUUCACGCCCAAUCUUUCACGGUGCACCGGGGUGUUUUAUUUAUAAUUCGUUAAAUGAACCAUCGAUCGAUUACGGAUUCCAGCGUUUAACAAAGUUGCUUCCAAGACAUCAAGGAGAUCCAGAGAAAGUACCGAAAGAAAUCAUUUUAAAAAGAGCUGCAGACAUGGUGGAAUCAAUUUAUUCUGCCCAAGGCAUGUCGUUUAUCCCAUCACCAACUCCGCAAACUAUGAUGAACGCAAUGAGACCGAUGCCCAACAACUCCACCAGUUAUCCACCGCCGUCGCCGUAUUAUCCUUACCAAACAGCCAUGCUGAUGCCACCCCGUGCGCAACAACGUCCAGAUAUUAUGGUGACUGACACUUGCAUGGAAGGGUCAAACGAUGACGUAUUUACUGAGGAGCGUGAUGAGAACAACAACCAGCCAGAUAAACGUAUGAAGAUGGACAUGAAAUCGAGCAGUUACAAACCGAGUAUGACUCACGAUACUUCCUUUGUUCCAACACAAAUCAAUUCUUCUUCGUUUCUCGGUCCUAACAAGCACUCCAUGGGCAUGAUGUACGGCUACUCGGGAAUGAAUGUUACUUCGACACAGCACUCGUUAUAUGGAACGAAUCAAGGAGUUCAAGCUUCCCCAAUGCUGCCACCAACGCCACAGAGCUUACCACCAACUCACAAUGGUUCAAACAAUGUCUUUCAGUUCGGUAGUACAAACAACUUACAACAAAAGCAAAACAACUUUCAGCAAAUCUCUCCGCAACAAAUAAGAGAAGGAAGUCCGAGUGUUACGCCUAACGGAAUACAAGAUGUUAAUAUUCCAUCAGCAAGUUACGAAGACGAACAACAAUACCAAUCCAUCACUAACUAAAUUUUGAGAUAUUCAAUAACCAUUUGUAAUAUAGUCCAACAAAAAGGUAUAGGUAUGGCUGCGCUUUAAAAAUUCCACAUGCAUACAACAGGCAAAAUAUUGGUCAGUGAAUUUGCUAUUUUAAAAAUGGCGCUAGAAAUGUGCAUGGGGGGUCGUGUUCCAGAUAAAGAUGCCCAGGACAGAUAAUUUCCCAGUUUGCUUCUAGAACAACUUUAGUACUUUCUAAAUCCAGAAAUAGCCUUACAUAAAAACUUUCCAACAGCUUUCGUUACUCCAAAGAUUUUUGAAACGAGAUAGGGUUUUACUUUUUCUUAUAUAAGUAGGCUUAACUCAAGCUAUUGUUUUGUAAAUUUUGUAAUCGGAUGCUUUGAGCAAUGUGUUUCUUUCUGUUACAGUGUUUAUAUAUAGAUUUUAAUAUAUUCCGUAUGACAAGUGUGUUUAUAUUUAUGCCAAUGAGUAUCGUACCUUGUCUGCCCCUGUGACACUGAAUUUAUUUAAUAUUUUGCGACUUAGUAAAAAAUUGUACCCCUUGGUUUUUUAAAAAGUUUUUUCAUAAAGAGAGAUUUGCAAGGUUCCUCGUGAAAUGGCCGACAAGGUAUUUAACUUGUGACUAGUUUUUAUGAAAUACUUUCUAGUCAAAAAUAAAAACUUUCUAAGAUUCAUUGUCGAGAAUCUUAAAAUAUUUUUUACAACAUUGAUGUACAUGCUGUGUAUCUAAUUUAUUGUGUUUUAUUAAUUUUUAUUUUUACAAAGUAA